AUGAAGAUUAAAGACACGGGUCUAGACAAUGCCAGCCGCCGCCGCUACCCAUCCCCGUCGGUUGGACAGACUGUGUGCAAUGGGCAAGGGAAAGGGAAAGGGAAAGGGAUUUCGACCAAUGAGGGUCCAGGCGGCCCGAAGGGCGCCACGGGAAGCAGAUUGGUCGGGACGAAGGAUGCUCUGCAAAGCUUUGCUGACCUUGGAUGUCCUUUGUACCUUGCCGGUGUAUGCACAUAG